GAACGUCUCCCCGCUUCUUUGGCUUCCUCUGCAAGCCAUCGCCAACCCAAUUUCUUCUCCAUUCGCACUCGGCCCCUGCUGUCCUGCCCCCCCCCCCUGCUGCGGCUUUCCCAACCCUCAACGCCUUCCAGCCAUGCAGCACAGACUCCCAGUGCGUCUCUGCUGGAUGAUCAUGGCCCUUGUCCUGAUCGCUGCUCCAAGCUCCAGCUCGGUCAUUGUAACGCCCCAGCUCUCAGCCCUGAUCCCCAGAAUUGUGGGUCCAUGGACCGCCGGCCAGUCCUACAGCUUUCCCGUCAACUGGAACAGUGGAACAGGGUUCCUCGUCGGCAGUUCGUUCACCGUUCUUCUCUCGGGCACAAGCGCCUACGGCAUCGGGUCCGGGACGGUGCCCCUGACCACCGGCACCCAGAACAUUGGCGUCAGCCUGCCCUCCAACGUUGUCGCAGGAUCCUAUAGCAUCUCGGUCUGCAGCUCAAGCGGGGUGUGUUCCCGCGGCGACUUUAAUAUCGCCGUGGCUGCUGCUGCUCCGUCGUCAUCGUCCACCACAACUACCACAACCACAACCACCACGACCACGACCACUACCACAACCACUACCACCACGACCGUCGCCACCACCACAACCACCACCACAUCGUCGGCUCAGCCCACAACGUCCGCCGCGACAUCGUCUGCAUCCACAACGGUAACGACCAACGUCCCUUCGUCAUCCUCGACUGUAAGCCCCCCAGCCACAUCCUCACCUCCUGCCACUACCUCUUCCACCACAUACCCUUCCGCAUCCGUGACCAUCCCUAUCAUCACAUCUGCAACGACCUCUGAUCUGUCCGCUUCCGUUACCAAGGAUACCACGGCGCUGUCCACUACAGCCUCCUCCCAGACCGUCAUCCCCACAUCCGUCGAACCUCCCUCCUCGACCCAACAAGACGGCAGCACCGCGUCCUCGACUCAGUCGGGCUCUGGAGCACCAUCCGGUUCGCCCACCCCACAACCCGCCAGCGGCCCAUCCCAAGGUACCAUCAUCGGCGUCAGCGUCGCCGGAAGCGUGGUGGCCAUCGGCAUUAUUGCAUUUAUCGGCACAAAGUACUACCAGAUGCGCAAGGCCAAAAAGCUAUCCGAUAUCGCGUACGAGCAAGUCUCCCACCACCAGGACCACGCUGACCGGAGAACCAAUCCUUCUACACGAUCCGUGCUGAGUGACGAUCUGGGCCAGGUCGGAAGUGCCUUUGGUAACUACGGCCCCAGCUCGUCCAUGCCGGCCGCCAACCAUCCGAAUGCCAGUCAACCUAGUGGCAGAUAUGACUCGGGUGGUGGCUCGGGCAUGUCGCAAGGCGGGUAUGGCAACCAAGGAAUGUCCCAAGGACCUGGUCAAAUGCCCGGACCCUCCUCGCAAAUGCCUGGGCCGAAUACGGGGCCAUCCGUCCAUGGUGGCGGUGGCGGUGGCGGUGGCAGCAGCUCCGUCGCUCCCGCUGGCAACAACCCGUACAGCGGACCUGGCGGAUACGGACCUGGUGGAUACGGACCCCAGGGCCCCGCUUCUGUUGGUCAAGGAGGCGGCGGCAUGUCCAACGUUGGGUUCGGAGGGUCUGGUGGCUCAGCAAGCGUCGCUCCUGGAGGUGUCGGCGGCGCUGUCGCCGGAGCCGAGACGGUCGCCCCGCUGCUCCCGCUGACGGCAAUCGCGGCCGUAAACCGGAAGCAAAAGAAUCAGACCAGUACACCCGGCCAUCAAGCUGACCCAACGCCUCUGGUAGACUCGCCACCUGCGACUGGGCUGUCGAGAGCACCGGAAGGUCCCGUCGCCGUGGAGUCACUCUCAAUGCCUGUCCUUCCAACCGAACUGCCGAGCUACCAGUCACCCGCCUCGGCCGAUUUGCGAGAAGUCAUCCACGGACGCAAGGCUGUAGCCGCAGAUGAGCUCUCAAUUUCCCUGUACCAGCAGGUCGUAGUGCUGCAGGAACAGUCCGACGGAUGGGGGCUGGUCGAAAACGAAAAGGGGCAGCGAGGAUACGUCCCGCUGAACCAUCUACGUCGGCCGAUCUAACAAACCUGCGUCGCUGUAAACUGCGGCUUAGUAUUGUGCGAUGCAACGAUCGGCAAUAUUCUCGGCUGCUGGUAGUAAGCGACACCAUCGCCAUCCAGCUCGGUGGCAGGAUCUGUUUGCCGUUCUCAGCCAACCAACCCUGCACGCUGACGUGAUGGCGGGCGCAUUUUCGGCGCGCCCACAAUGAACUGUCAUUUUGCUUGAGUGUGAAUACAUGAGUGCCUGUGAGUACCCAA